GUCUGGGCUCGGUGGAGCAGAUCAGCACCAUGGCGGCCUGCUUGGCCGUCUCCCGGUGCGCGGCAGCACCUGUGGCUGCCCGCCGAGGCCCGCUGGUCUGCAGCCGGAGGUGGUCCGGCGCCUCCGCAGACACCGUGUACGAUGUGGUGGUGUCGGGUGGAGGCUUGGUGGGCGCGGCCAUGGCCUGUGCUUUAGGCCAUGAUAUUCACUUCCGUGACAAGAAGAUUCUGUUAAUAGAAGCAGGUCCAAAGAAAGUAUUGGAGAAAUUGUCAGACACUUACAGCAACCGUGUCAGCUCCAUCUCGCCUGGCUCUGCAACCCUGCUCAGCAGUUUUGGUGCCUGGGACCACGUCUGCAACAUGAGGUACAGAGCCUUCCGGCGGAUGCAGGUGUGGGAUGCCUGCUCAGAGGCCUUAAUAAUGUUCGAUAAGGACAACCUGGAUGACAUGGGCUACAUCGUGGAGAACGACGUCGUCAUGCACGCCCUUACCAGGCAGCUGGAGGCUGUGUCCGACCGAGUGACGGUUCUCUACAGGAGCAAAGCUGUUGGUUAUACCUGGCCUUUUCCGUUUUCCAUGGCAGACUCCAGCCCUUGGGUCCAAGUUACCCUAGGUGAUGGCAGCACCCUCCAGACCAAAUUGUUGAUUGGAGCUGAUGGUCACAACUCGGUUGUACGGCAGGCUGCGGGAAUCCGCAACGUGAGCUGGAACUACGACCAGUCCGCUGUGGUGGCCACUUUACAUUUAUCCGAGGCCACAGAAAACAAUGUCGCUUGGCAGAGAUUUCUCCCCUCUGGGCCCAUCGCGCUGCUUCCACUCUCGGACACCCUGAGUUCCUUGGUUUGGUCCACAUCUCAUGACCACGCGGCAGAGCUGGUCCACAUGGAUGAGGAAGAGUUUGUGGACGCCGUGAACUCUGCCUUUUGGAGCGAUGCUAACCACACAGACUUGAUUGACUCCGCUGGUGCCCUGUUGCAACAUGCUAUUGCCCUUCUGCGGCCUGCCAGGGUCUCGGCACGCCAACUGCCCCCAAGCGUGGCCCGGGUGGAUGCCAAAAGCCGAGUGCUGUUUCCCCUUGGCUGGGGACAUGCUGCUGAGUACGUUCGGCCUCGAGUGGCACUCAUUGGGGAUGCAGCCCACAGAGUCCAUCCACUUGCAGGACAAGGCGUCAACAUGGGUUUUGGGGAUGUUUCCAGUCUGGUCCAGCACCUCAGCAGCGCGGCCUUCAACGGGAAAGACCUGGGCUCCAUGAGCCAUCUCACGGGCUAUGAAACGGAGCGACAGCGGCACAACACCGCGCUGCUGGCAGCCACAGACUUGCUCAAGAGGCUGUACUCCACCCGGGCCACACCGCUUGUGCUGCUCCGGACGUGGGGGCUGCAGGCCACCAAUGCCGUGGCGCCGCUCAAGGAACAGAUUAUGGCCUUUGCAAGCAAAUGAAUGCUGCUGCUCUAACAGAGAGUAUGAGCAAAGAACAUCCCAGCUGAAGACCAUCACAGAUUUCCAACACUGAAUAAAUUUACAUUAAAA